CUUAGCAAAGGUGUGAUAAGUGAUACAUUAGACAGGACAGUUACUUAUUAGGAAAACAGAAAAUUAUCAGUAUUAACGGAGUGCUCGUAAUUGGAAUAGAAAUCUUAAAGGAACUUUCACAUAUCUCAUGAAGUGACGAUAGUUCACUCUCCACCAAAAUGUCUGCAGAUGAAGAGCACAAAGAUGCCUCCAAAUACAGGACCAGUCUUCCUGCGGAGCAGUUCCAGCGCAACGAUUUCUCCCUUUGGUCGGUGCUAAAGCAAUGCAUCGGCAAGGAGCUGUCCAAGAUCACCAUGCCUGUGGUCUUCAACGAGCCCCUGUCCUUCCUCCAGCGAAUGGCGGAGUACAUGGAGUACGCCUGGCUCCUGGAGAAGGCGGACCAGGCGCAGGAUCCCGUCACGAGGAUGCAGUACGUGACAGCGUUCGCCGUGAGCGGUCUGGCCUCGAACUGGGAGCGCGUCGGGAAGCCAUUCAACCCGCUGCUCGGAGAAACGUAUGAACUGCAGAGGGACAACUACAGGAUAGUGUGCGAGCAGGUGUCUCACCACCCGCCCGUGUCCGCCUUCUACGCCGACGCCGAGAACUGGAACUUCCACGGCUCCAUUCACCCGAAGCUCAAGUUCUGGGGCAAGAGCGUCGAGAUCCAGCCCAAGGGCGUGCUCACCGUCGAACUACCUAAUCACGGCGAGGCAUACACCUGGAGUAACGUGAACUGCUGCGUGCAUAACAUUAUUGUGGGGAAGCUUUGGAUCGAGCAGUAUGGCACCAUGGAAAUCACUAACCAUGCUACGGGUCACAAGUCCGUCCUGACUUUCAAGACAGCAGGCUGGUUCUCCAAGGACUUGCACAGGAUAGAAGGCUUCAUUAUGGACAAGAAGAAGAAAAAGUUGACCUUUAUGUAUGGCAAGUGGACCGAGUUCCUCCGUGCUACAGACAUUGGAUCCUAUGAGGAAUACAUGAAGACAAACCCGCAUAAAUUCAGGAGAAACGACAAGAAGAAGAGCGACGACGGCACGGGAAGCGCCAGUCCCGCCCACGCCCCGAGGAAGGUGUUCAAGAAGCUCAACUCUAUCACUUGCCGGACAUCCGCCUCCUGGAGAAUGGCGACAUCGACGGCGCAGCCAACGAGAAGAACCGGCUGGAGGAGAAGCAGCGGGAGGCGCGGAAGGCCAGAAAGAAGGGCAAAGAAGACUGGAAGCCGAGGUGGUUCGAGCAGGGAGCCAACCCCUUCACGCGGCUCGACGACUGGCUCUACUCGGGCGGCUACUGGGACCGCAACUACGAAGACGCCGUCGACAUAUUUUGAGCCACUGGCGACGCCCACAGGAGGGAGCCGCCCCGCCGGCGCUCACUGGCCGGUCCUUUCAGCGCGAUUUCAUGAUGCCCUUCGAGGCUGGACGUUGUCUUCAUGCUUUCAUCCUGGAUUGAUUUUAUUUGUCUUGAAAUAAAAAGCCGUUUUCCUAAUCUACAAGUCUUAACAGUUUGGGGAUAUU